AUGGAAGAAGAUAUAAAACCUCAAUUCGUUGUAUUGUUGAAAGAUGGAUUAGAAUUGAAAUGCUCUGUUUGCGGUAUCAUCUUUCUGAACGAUGCCGACAUUAAUAAGCAUACGAAACAGAAACAUGCCAUGUAUCGGUGCGAUAUUUGCGAGAAAUUGUUCAAACAACGAUCUUCAUUAUCCUAUCACAAAUCUACCCAUAUUUCUGUUCGUAGUUACAAAUGCGAACAUUGCAAUAUUUCUUUCAAAAGGCAAUCCGAUCUUAGGGGUCAUGUAAGCAGAGUACACGAAGAAGUUAAAGAAGCUGAUUUGAAAAAAUGUUCGGUAUGCGAAUUCAAAACGAAAUGUCGUCGACGGUAUGAAAUUCACGUUUUGAGUCACGUAGGAUCUUAUUUAUACUAUUGCGACCAAUGUGGUAAAGGAUUCAACGACACUUUAGGCUUGAGAACUCAUUUGAAUAACCAUCUGGGUAUUAAACCAUUUCAAUGCGACGUAUGUGGUAAAAACUUUACCAGGGAACCCUACAUGAAGCAGCAUCGCCGUAAAGUGCACGAGCAACCGUUAUCGUUCGAAUGUGAUAUAUGUGGAAAAAAAUUCUCUUUCAAGUGUUCACUAACGAAGCAUUUGAGUAAAGAUCAUAUCGAUAAGGAUAAAAUAGAAGAAUACCAGUGCACUGUUUGCCAACGAAUGAUUAAAAGUAAACCAUCAUUGAGGAAUCAUAUGAAACUUCAUACCGGAGAGAAACCUUUUUCUUGUACCGAAUGUUCAAAAAUGUUUGCGACAAAGUUACAGCUUCAACGACAUUCCUACAGACAUUCAGAUUAUAAAGCUUUUCAUUGCGAAGUUUGUAGAAAAGGAUUUGCUUAUAAACGUUUAUUAGUUAUUCAUAGAAAAAUUCAUCAAGAAGACAGAACGCGACAUUCUUGUUAUCACUGCGGUAAUCAAUAUUUUUCGAAACAUAAAUUAAUAGCUCAUAUCAAACGACAUCAUUUCAGCCCGAAGACUGAGAAGGAAUGA